CAGCAGCACUGCGAGAUCCUUCCAACCCUUAGAAAAUUCCCCUUAACUACACCUACCGGUGCGGUUUACCGUAGCCAAGAGCGGACUUUUUAAAUCUCGAUCGCAAGGAAAUUUUCAAAGAAUAUUGCUCUUGAUCACCUUUCAUCUAUUCUCACAUCCGGUUUCUGUCGCAACAGGUUUUCGCAAGUAGGAUUCAACCUUGAUUUAGAAGUACAGUGUUUACACUACGUCCGAACUAAUUCUUUCCUCUACUUCUCAAACGUACUAUACUUUACACCGCGACAACUUUUUUCCACCGUCUUUGUGACUUGUUUUAUCAUCAGUUUACUAGUUUUUCAGCCACACAAACAAAUCCACCAAAAUGGCCUCCACCGACGUCGCCGCCGCCGAAAAAGCCAGCAAGGCUUACCCGCUCGCCUCCCACACUCUGCAGACCAGCAUUUUGGAUUUGGUCCAGCAGGCAGCCAACUACAAGCAGCUGAAGAAAGGUAUAGUUAUCGCACAGACCACAUAUCGAAGAAAAUAUGUUUUUGUCCUGCACAACAUCGCAAGAGUGCUGUUGUCUCUGAUGGUGCUGUCAAAACAUGAGGCAUUAUCAUCCUCACGCUAGGAAAAAAUCUAUCACAGGUGCGAACGAGGCCACGAAGACGCUGAACCGUGGUACCUGCGAGAUUAUCAUCCUCGCUGCGGAUACCGAGCCGCUGGAAAUCCUGUUGCACCUGCCGUUGGUGUGCGAGGACAAGAACGUGCCUUACGUUUUCGUCAAGUCUCGGGCUGCUCUGGGUAUUAUAGGGGUUUUUUUUAUCAUGCGGAAUUUGCAUUCUGCGUGAAAAUUUUUUUCGCAAAAAUGAUUGUUUCAACUACGACCCCUCAGACGAAUUGGACCUAACCUCACGGCCAAGUACCGCCGCAACGACUACCAAAUGUAAAAAUGUCUGGGUCUGGAAACUUGUGAUGCUGGGUGGCAUAUCAUGAGGAAGCCACAACUGCUGGCUCAGCAUGAGAAGUUUCUGAGCUUCUAGGUGUUGCCUAUUCUGCAUGACAAACUCAUAAAGAAAGAACUUCGUAAAGAAAGAACUUCGUAAAGAAAGAAAGAAGCAAGCACUUCGUAUUUUGAAAGCGUCGCGCUUCGUAAAAGCACUUCGUUUGUUGGAGUCGCUACGUGAUGAAGCAGAUAGCUCAUGUAGAAAUAAGCAGCAGAUACUUCAACGCGUGCGCAGCUUGCGGGGGGGUGACUCCUGUGGUCCCCCCCCACUCGUUGCGCCUUUUUCCAAAACUGCAGGGACUUGCUUCCUUUUUUUUCCAGCAGUGGCUGGCGGGGUAAGAUCAAGGCCGGGGCUAGUGACAUUGUUGCAAAGUCAUAGGGCGCAGAGUCUGAUAGCAGUAGCACACAGCACCAAAAUACUUAGCCCAUAGCGUUUUCCGAAGUUCCUCAGUGGCUGCACCUCGCCUCUCUGUCUUAGUCAAAAACAUAAGCACAAAAUGGACUGGCGUAGCCGCGCACAUGCAUGCACGCGGAGGGGAAGAUGGAAUAGAAGGGUGGCGGCAACGCGGGAGCCAGGACGCAGCCCGGAUUUUAUCAAAAAGGUACGGCCUAAGGCCUCGGGAACGCCGAGCACACCCGCGCACUUCUUCGUGAAUCGCCCACCGCUUUUUGUGCGUCAGCUGUGUCGGAAUAAAAAAAAAAAAGAAAAAAAGAAAAGGAAGAGGACGCAACAAAAAAAAAAAAGAAAAAAUAAAAAGAAAAGAAAAAAGAAAUCAGCGAAAACCGACCGGCGUGCGAAUUGCCUAGCAAAAAAAAAAAAAAAAGUAUGCAUAACAAGUUGCAUUUGUAUUGCAUGUAACCAAAUUCAAUUUCAACCAUAAAACAGGUCGUGCUUGCGGUGUUAACCGGGCGGUGAUUGCCUGCUCUAUCACGAGCAAGGAGGGGUCUCAGCUGAUAUCCUAUUUAAAAACGUCCCCACCCCAUAGUUCUAGUUGUAAUGCAAAUCUGCAGGCUGAAAAUGUUUCUCAUGCGGAGCCCCAUGAGAAGCAUUUUACAGUCGUGCGUUGGAAUUUGUCGUGCUCCAAUCAGCAUGAUAUACUAGAUCUGAGAUGCUACUGAGCUAGGUCAAACAGCACUACGCUACAAAUCCAAAUUUGUCAUGCAAAACAGCCAAAACUUGCGGAUUUGUCUAGCCGAUUCCCGAUCUUGACUACGGUGUGGGGACGUUUUUCCUUUUGAUAGCUGAACUCGCAGAUUCAGGACUUGAAGGACCAGGUGGAACAGAUCCUGAUCUAAGGAGGAGAUUUGUCAUGCUGUGACGACAUGAGGAGUAGAUUCAGGACUUGAGGAGAUUUGUCAUGCUGUGACGACAUGGAUAUUAAACCGACGAUGAAGAUUUGUGAUAUGGAAAGAACCGACGAUGAAAAUUUUAUCCGAGGAGAUUUAUUUCGGGAGUAGUUCUAGACUCAAGGAAGAAACUGUACUACAAAACAAAGAAGAAACUGUCGCCGAGCUCAGAUAUGGAAAGCAACAAAGUAUGACGAGGAGAUGGAGAACAACAACUAGACCGAGCAAGGCGGGAUGCUAUGAUUUUUUUGGAGAUGUUGAACAAGGAGCUUUUGCAACUAUCGAAAACCACUAUCUCUGCUGCAACCAAGAUGAAUUUGACCGGUGACGGAACAACGGAACCAGAAACCGCGCGCACUGAUACAACAACUAUCGAGAAGAAAUUAUAGCUGAUCUUGCAAUCGAUUACGUUCGAAUGGAAAAAAAAACGGAGAAGCGAGAUGAUGAAAAACAAAAGGGCAAUGAAGCGGAUUUUCUUUUAUGAAAAGAACAUUUUGGGAUCUGGUUUGUUGUGCAGUAUACAGCGCUGCAUGACAAGCUCGAUCAGUAAAAUAGCAUAAUUUAGACAUAAAGUUAAUCAACGCUUCAUAAUUCUUUUUUGCGAGAACAGAAAACCAACCAGCCGCAGCACCAAUGCUACCAAACGCACACACGCCGCAGCGGAUAGAUGACCAUGCCAAAUAUCAUACACCACAGUACAAGAAGCACAACACUGAGUUCUUAUUUCUGCGAAUUUUUUUUACUUAGAGAUAUAUCAUUUCAUAAACCCACGUAGAAGCAGCUGCAUAGCAAUAGUUCUUUUAGCGUCGAGUUAGCCACCGCGUAAGAUGAUCGGAGGAUUAAAAUGACUAGAUUCAGAUCAUGCACCAAUCUCCUGCACUCGUUGCAGAAGAAGAUCUGAAAAUGAAAU